AUGUCUUCCAUGAAUCCGCAAACCCAUAUCGCAAUCAGUGCCGUGUCGAAAGGCAUAGUGGAGGCCAUAGAAGUGGCCACGCCGACACCGGGUCCUGGCGAGAUCUUACUCAAGGUCGCCUUCGCGGCGAUGAACCCGUUUGACGCGUACAUGGUCGAUUUGGGCUUCGCUGUUGUUGAGUAUCCGGUCAUUUUGGGGUUCAGUGUUGCUGGGCUGGUUGUUGGUGUCGGCUCUGGUGUUUCUUCGCUCAACGUCGGGGAUAGGGCUACUGCUUUCAGCCCCCAUAUCUUUGAGCAAGGAAGGAAAGGCGCAUUGCAAGGGACGACCCAAGAAUAUCUAGUUCUCCCAGACCAUCUCUGUGGCAAGAUUCCUGACAACCUGGACCUCGCCGAUGCUGCUACCAUCCCUGACAACUUCGUCACCGCAUUCUACACUCUUUUUGAUCAACUCGGUCUGCCAAUUCCACAGUCAUUCCCUGCUCCUUCCCCGCCACCAGAAUCGGCCGUGCCCAUACUCGUUUACGGUGCCGGCUCGACUGCAGGUCAAUACGCUGUCCAACUCCUCCAUUCGGCGGGCUACACCAACGUGGCUGCUACUGCCUCGUCACGGCACCAUGAAUUUCUGCGCGCUCUCGGAGCUGCACACACCAUCGACUACGCGUCGGAGUCGUUUACAGCCGAGGCGGCGGCUGUUACAGGAAGAGCAGAUGGGAAGUUUAUCUAUGUUCUCGACUCCAUUAGUGCGGAUGGAACUAUUGCUAAAAUCGCACCGCUCAUUCACCCUUCCGACGGGAAAGUUGCGAUUCUCUUGCCAAUCAAGACUGGGGAUAAAGUUGGUGGGAGUACUGGGGGUAUGCGGGCCCAAAUUCCGGACAACGACAAUCCGUUUGCAGAGGGGGUGAAGAUUGCAUACGCAAAAACGUUCACUUACCGCGAGGCGCGUCUGCUCCAGAACGAAUACCUCAAGAACAACUUGAUGCUGAAGAUUCUACCGUCGCUUCUUUCUUCUGGUAUCAUCACGCCAACUCGUGUGCACUUGCUGGACCAAGGGACCCUCCUUGACCGUGUCAAUGCUGGACUUGACCUGAUGCGCAACAACAACGUCAAUGGGGAGAAGCUUGUCGUCAAAGUCGCUUCCGAUUAG